UUUAGAAGCGCGAGUGACCAGAAAACCGAACGGAAAGAACCGGGUAAGCCCGAGAAGGGAGUGUCGAGCAAAGCACGGCCCCACCUCACAGCCUGAGAGCCGGGCUGACAGGCCGUGCGGGGCGGCGCCCAUCUUGCCUCCCCGGCCAUGGUACACUUGGCGCCGUGCACGUCGAACCAGAGCAAAAGUAGGUGAGUCCCGGAGCUGUUCCCUGUACAGGAGCAGCCCUGACCCACCCACCCUUGGUGGCCGCCGUCAUGGCCCGGCUGGUGCUGCUGGGUGCACUGCUGUGCAUGCUGAGCGUUGGGAUGGGCGCCCCGGACUCCCCCGAGGACUGGCCGCCCCCUGCGCCCCACAAUUGCCCCAACAAAUGUGUCUGCGCUGCCGACCUUCUGAGCUGCGCAGGCCUUGGGCUACAGGAAGUGCCGGCCGUGCUCCCUGCCGCCGCCGCGGACCUCGAUCUGAGCCACAACGCGCUCCAGCGCCUGCGCCCGGGCUGGUUGGCGCCCCUUUCUCGGCUGCGCGUGCUGCGCCUGGGUCACAACGAGCUGGGUGCGCUGGGCCGCGGCAUCUUCACCAAUGCCAGCGGCCUGCGGCAGCUAGAUCUAUCAUCUAACGUGCUGCGAGUGCUUGGCCGCCACGACCUCGACGGGCUGGGGGCGCUCGAGAAGCUGCUUCUGUUCAAUAAUCACCUGGCACGCUUGGACGAGAACGCUUUCCACGGCCUGGGCGCGCUCAGCCAUCUCUACCUGGGCUGCAACGAGCUGGAGUCCUUCUCUUUCGACCACCUGUAUGGUCUGCGCACCACCCACCUGCGUACCCUGGACCUGUCCUCUAACCGGCUGGGGAACAUCCGGGUGCCUGAGCUGGCCGCGCUGCCGGCCUUCCUCAAGAAUGGCCUCUACUUGCACAACAAUCCACUGCCUUGCGACUGCCGCCUUUACCAGCUGCUGCAGCGCUGGCAUCAGCGGGGUCUCAACGCGGUGCGUGACUUUGCCCGUGAGUACAUGUGCCUGGCCUUCAAGGUGCCAGCGUCUCGCGUGCGCUUCUUCCAGCACAGCCGCAUCUUCGAGAACUGCUCGGCUGCUCCAGCACACGGCCUAGAGCGGCCGGAAGAGCAGCUGCACGUGCAGAUGGGCCGGUCUCUGCGGCUGCACUGCAACACCAGUGUCCCAGCCGUGCGUGUUGCCUGGGUCUCCCCACAGGAGGAGCUGCUAGUGGCCCCAAGCUCCCGUGAUGGCAGCAUCGAGGUGCUGGCUGAUGGCAGCUUGGUCAUUAACACCGUGCAGCAGCAGCAUGCGGGUGUCUUUGUGUGCCUGGCCACCGGGCCCCGCCUGCACCACAACCAGACACACGAGUACAAUGUCACUGUGCACUUCCCGCACCCCAAGCCUGAGGCCUUCAACACCGGCUUCACCACGCUGCUGGGCUGUGCCGUGGGCCUGGUUCUCGUGCUGCUCUACCUGUUUGCACUGCCCUGCCGGGGCUGCUGCUGCUGCUGCCACAGUCUCUGCCACUGCUGCCACUGUCCCCGAGCACCCAGCCCACUCCAGGAGCUGAGUGCACAGUCCUUGGUGCUCAGCACCACACCACCAGAUGCGCCCAGCCGCAAGGCCAGUGUCCACAAACAUGUGGUCUUUCUGGAGCCGGGCAGGAGAAGCCUCAAUGGCCGUGUGCAGCUGGCUGUGGCAGAGGACUUUGACCUCUGCAACCCCACGGGCCUGUGGCUCAAAGCCAGCUCAGAGUCCACUAGCUCCACAGGCUCUGAGGGUCCCAUGAUGACCUAGGCUGCCCAGAACUCCCACCCAGACAUCACCCUGCCUGCUGCUUGUCCUCCUCCCUGCUGCGGUCCAGUUCACUGCCAGAUACUUGUCCCUGGCCUCCUGGGUGGGGUCCCCAGCUGGUCUUCAGUUUCACCCCAGGUCCCGGCAGGACCUGCUUGUGCUGCUUGUCUUGGGAGCUCCUGGUUCUCAAAUGCAUUGGGGACCGGGGCCCAUCUGGAAAGGCCUGUUAGAGCCCGAGGCCCACGCCCAGGGGCCGAGACAUCUGUCAAGGCAUGGUGGCAUAAUCACCUUCCCCUUUCCAGGAGGCCUGGGAGGGAGUGGGCCCACAGGGGAAAACCAAGCCCCCAUGCCCAGGGCAGGGGCAGGAAAUGAGCUCAUUUGUGAAACAGUACUCUCCUGGCCAACAAUAUCCAACUGACUUAAAGCUUUACAGCUCUGCAGAGACUGAUGGACAGCUAUUAGACAAGCAAAGCUCCUCAAACCCAUGAGGGGCCUGGCCUGAGCUCUGGCCAGACUGGCCCACUUUCCCUGGCUAGAGGCAUCCAGAGGCCACUCUAAGGGUAGAACCCAUCCAAUGGCUGUAGGUCAUGAGACAGCACUGAGGGGCACCAUGGCCUGCACCCCCAGCUUUUCAGCAACAAAAAGCCUGCUGGGUGUGCCUGAGCUGAGAGGGCUAAGCUGGAACUUGCUGUCCCUUGAGGGCAGAAGCCUCUUAAGGGCUGGCACUGGUCUCAGCCUAAUGGCUGAGGCGGCACCCUGGCUGCACACGCAUCUCCCCACUCCACUGCAGGGGAGAUCUGGGAGCCCCUCAGGUGUGGAGGUUGAACUGAUGUCUCCCAUGGGUGUACUGGGCUUAGCUGUCUUGGAAGUUUCUUAAUAAAGGUAGUGCAUGCCCAUUGCCGGAGCCUUUGCA